AUGGAAACAGGUUAUGUUGUAGGCCUUGACCUUAGCUGCAGCCUUCAUGGUCCUUUACGUUCGAACAGCAGCCUUUUCAGGUUGCUUCAUCUUCAAAAGCUCAAUCUUGCUCAAAACAACUUCAGUUCAUGUUCAAUUCCCUCUGAGUUUGGGCAGCUUUCCAGGUUAACCCAUCUCGACCUCUCUAACUCUAAUUUUUCUGGUCGUAUACCGUCUGAAAUCUCAAGUCUAACAAAUUUGAUUUCACUUGAUAUUUCUUACUAUUCUGGCAUGGAUUUUCCUUUUGACACAUAUCCAACUAAACAAGAGCCAGAGCUGCUGAGAAGGCUUUCCCAAAACUUAACUAGUUUUGGACAACUUCAUCUCAGUGGUUUGAAUCUUUCUUCACAAGUACCCGAAUCCUUGGCAGAUUUAUCUUCCCUCACUCAUCUCUCUCUUUGUGGAUGCGGGUUAAUUGGUGAGUUUCCAAGAAGAAUAUUCCAAUUACCUAACAUACAAGCCAUUGAUCUGUCGGAUAAUGAAGAUCUUACUGGUUCUCUUCCGGAAUUUCAUUCUGGCAGCAACCUCACGUUUUUGAGACUCCGAAAUACAAAAUUCGUAGAGAAAAUACCAAAUUCAAUCGGUAACCUCAAAUCAUUGGAUGAAUUGGAUCUGUCAUCUUGUAUGUUUUCAGGGCCUCUUCCUUAUUCCAUUGGAAACCUUUCUCAACUCUCAUAUCUGUUCCUGUCAGGCAAUUUUUUCAAUGGUCAGCUUCCAUCUACACUUGGUAACCUUGCAAAAAUUCGGACACUUCACCUGGGAGGAAAUGAAUUUAGUGGUGAAUUUCCUUCAUCAUUUGGAAACCUCCAACAACUGGAAAAUUUAUAUCUUUACCAAAAUAAUUUCCAUAGUCGUGUUCCAUCUUCAGUUGCAAAUUUUACACAACUAGUCAGGUUGGAUCUUUCAGAUAACUUUUUCCAUGGAAGCCUCCCAAUAUCACUCCCAUAUCUUCUGGAAGAUAUCUAUUUCCGUAACAACAGUUUGACAGGUUCAAUCCCAUCCCAUACUUUUGGUAACUUGACCUUCCUUCAUAUCCUAGAUUUGUCAAGCAACUCAUUGAAUGGAGCCAUCCCUUCCUCUUUACUUACGUUGCCUUCUUUUCGAGAGCUACAUCUGGAUGACAAUCAGUUUAUAGACCUUGAAGUCCUCUCUAACUCAUCCUUUUUGGAAAUUCUGUCUUUACGUGGAAAUAGAUUGAAUGGAAAUAUUCCAAGUUCCAUCGCCAAAUUUAUUCUGCUGAGAGGACUGUACCUUAGUUCAAACAAUUUAAGUGGCAGAGUUGAUUUCAAAAUCUUCUCAGGCAUGCUUAAAACUCUUGAUCUUUCAUAUAAUAGCCUAUCUCUAACAACAAAUAUAAGUUUGAAUAUUUCUGCUCUUCCCAUGUUUGAUCGUUUAUUUUUGUCCUCGUGCAACAUAACUGAAUUUCCUUUUUUCCUGAAAGCACAAAAUGACUUGGGCAUUUUAGAUCUCUCGAACAAUAAAAUUGGCGGCCUAAUACCUAAGUGGUUCUUAAGCAUGAACUUGGGUCGGUUGAGUCUCUCUCACAACUUCAUUACCGGUUGGGAAGAAGUUCCAUUGAUUCAUCAAUGGAAAAGAUUGUCUCAUCUUGAUCUCAGUUCAAACAAGUUGCAGGGGCCGCUUGUUGUUCCUCCAAUGUCUACGAGGUUUUUGUUCAUAUCAAAUAACAGCUUGACUGGAAGAAUUGAUCCCUUGUUCUGCAAAUUAAGGGAUCUUGAAGUACUUGAUGCAUCAAAUAACCAUCUGGAUGGCACUAUUCCUCAAUGUUUGGAAAACCUGGAUGGUUCUCUUAGGGUGCUCAAUCUUCGAAGAAACAGCUUCGUUGGGAACAUUCCUCAAAUCUGCAGAGAUAGAAGCAUAUUAAUGACAUUAGACUUGAGUCACAACCAACUAUAUGGGAAUAUUCCAAGGUCGCUUGUCAAAUGCAAAAACUUAGACGUUUUAAAUCUCGGACACAAUCAACUAAGUGAUACAUUCCCGUUUUGGUUGCAGUAUUUGCAGAGGCUCCAAGUUCUAGUAUUAAGCUCCAAUAAAUUUCGUGGCGCAAUAUGGUGUCCUCGUGAUUUUUUUGGCUUUAUGACAUUGAAAACCUUUGAUCUUUCUCAUAAUGGUUUUACCGGAAACUUACCUUUGGAAUAUUUUAGAAAUUGGACUUCCAUGAGUUCUAAAGUUUCCAAAAUGGGAUUUGAGUCAGAUGCAGCAUACGAUGAAAAAGGGACUUAUAAUGAUUCGGUGAAGAUAAUAUGUAAGGGACAAGAAAUGGAGUUGGUAACGACUCUAACAGACUUCAUAUCAAUUGAUCUCUCUAACAAUAAAUUUGAUGGAGAAAUUCCAAGUACGUUAUGGCGUCUCAGAUCUCUAGUUAUGCUCAAUCUGUCAAGCAACAAUUUUAGUGGACUCAUCCCAUCAUCUUUAGGAAAUCUAAAAGAGCUUGAAUCAUUGGACCUGUCUAAUAAUAAGCUCUUUGGUAAAAUCCCUCAGCAAUUGACAGCCAUCACUUUUCUUGCAUAUUUAAACUUGUCUCACAAUCAACUUGUGGGUCAAAUACCACAAGGUGGACAAGUUUCUACAUUUCAAGAUUCUUCUUUUGAGGGUAACAUGGGAUUGUGUGGUCUUCCAUUGUCCAGAAAAUGUGAAAACCCUCGCUUGCCAGCUUCUGAUGGUGUCAACAAUAAUGAGAAAUCAGAUUCCAUAUUUAGUUUUGGAUGGAAAGCUGUAGUGGUGGGAUAUGGAUGUGGACUGCUAAUUGGAAUGGUGGCUGGACAUGUGAUCACCUCAAGGAGGCCGGAUUUGAUUUCAAAAUUUUUUAGGGUGAGACUACAGAGGAACAGGAUCCAAGGAGAGAUUCAAGGAAGUAUAGGGAAUCUACAAGGGAUUCAAGGGAACCAGUUUGCUACAUUUGAAACAAGUUCAUAUGAUGGGAACUUGGGGUUACGUGAUUAUCCAUUAGCAGCAAAAUGUGGGAGUUAUGUGGCCUUAAAAUCACCACCACCAGCUUCUGAAGAAUCAUGGUUUCAUUUUGCAUUUGUUUGGGUGACAUUUUUGCCAGGAUGUUUUAGUGGGCUGGUAGUUGGAAUUGUUGCUGGGAAUAAUGUUGUACUUGAAGAAGCAAUUUUGGUUUAUGAAGAUUUUGUACCUGUGGGAAGGGAAAAGGAUAGUUAUAACGAGGAGGACGUGAGGGUUUAG